CAAGUCUGAAAGCAGAAAGAGACAACUUGAAAAUGCAACUGGAUAACUGCACUUCACGGCAAACUUCUCUGACAAAUGAAAGAGAGACAUUGAAGAAAAGCAAAACUGCCAUUGAGGCAACAUCCAGAAGCCUCACAACAGAACGAGACAACCUGCAGAGGGAACUGAGAAGCUGCAAUUUGCAGAAGAAUUCAUUGACUCAAGAGAGAGACGGGUUAAAGAGAUCAAAUACUGCGAUUGAAGCCCAAUCCAGAACUCUAUCUCUGGAAAAAAAUCAGCUCACCAGGACUCUAUCUACCUGCACUUCAGAGAAGAACGCCUUGACUAAAGAGAAAGAUGAGCAGGCGAUGAAAUUUAAUGAUUUUGCUCAGUUUGCAGUGCAGCAGAAAUGGCUGUAUUACAGUGGCAGUUUCUAUUUUAUUUCUACAACCAAGAAGAACUGGAUAAGCAGUCGGUAUGACUGCAAGCGUAAUGGGGCAGACCUGGUGAUUAUAAACAGCAGAGAAGAAGAGCUAUUUACAAGGAAUUUUAAAAAGAAGGCCUGGAUUGGUCUACAUGACAGAAUAAGAGAGGGAAACUGGCAAUGGGUGGAUGGGACUGCGCUAUCAGAGAGCUACUGGAAGUCUGGAGCGCCGAACCAUUAUAUGGGCAGAAAUGAGGACUGUGCAGAGAUACAGAAAUUCGAUUCUGAAGAGAGCUGGAACGAUGCUGCAUGCGAAAACGAAAACUACUGGAUAUGUGAAAAGAUCUUUAAUUUUAAUGGAUGA